AUGAAGUUCCAAGACACUCAUGACAACCCUUUUGGGAGCUCCACCACCACCCCAAAACACAUGAUCUCAAAAGUGACCUUGCUAGCCAUAUUGGUGAUCCUAAUACUAGCCAUCACCCCUCUGUGGUACCCUCUGUUGAGUUACCAUUCAUCAUCACUGUUGAAGAUCAAGCAGAAGCUGAAGCACACUCCACCUUCUUCUUCUCAUGAUGAUAACAGCAACCUGCCCUCAACAUAUGUGGAGAGGUGUGACAUUUUCACAGGGGAGUGGGUGCCAAACCCUAAGGCACCAUACUACACCAACAACACUUGUUGGGCAAUUCAUGAGCACCAGAACUGCAUGAAGUAUGGGAGGCCUGACUCGGAGUUCAUGAAGUGGAGGUGGAAGCCUAGGGACUGUGACCUCCCCAUUUUCAACCCUUUUCAGUUCUUGGAAAUUGUUAAGGGCAAAUCCAUGGCCUUUGUUGGUGACUCUGUGGGUAGGAAUCAGAUGCAGUCCAUGAUUUGUCUCCUUUCUAGGGUGGAAUGGCCAAUAGAUGUAUCGUAUGGUAGUGAUGAGUAUUUCAAGAGAUGGAAGUACCCUAGUUACAACUUCACCAUGGCAACUUUUUGGACACCCCAUUUGGUAAGAUCCAAAGUGGGUGAUCCAAAUGGUCCAAGCAACACUGGGCUUUUCAAUCUGUACCUUGACGAGUAUGACGAGAAAUGGACCACACAAAUACAAGAAUUUGACUACAUCAUUGUUGAUGGGGGGCAUUGGUUCUACAGACCAAUGGUGUUCUAUGAGAGGAAGAGGAUUGUGGGGUGCCAUUUUUGCCUCUUGGAGAAUGUCCCUGACUUGACCAUGUUCUAUGGCUAUAGAAAGGCUUUCAGGACUGCUUUUAAGGCCAUCAAUGGCUUGGAAGAGUUCAAGGGCACAGUAUUUCUUAGGACAUUUGCACCUUCUCAUUUUGAGAAUGGGGUGUGGAAUAAAGGUGGGAAUUGUGUGAGAACCAAGCCAUUUAGGAGUAGUGAGGCACAGUUAGAGGGCACAAAUUUGGAGCUUUACAUGAUCCAAUUGGAGGAGUUUAAGAAAGCUGAAAAAGAAGGUAGAAAGAAGGGUUUGAAGUUCAAGUUACUUGACACCACACAAGCUAUGUUGUUGAGACCAGAUGGUCAUCCAAGUAGAUAUGGACAUUGGCCACAUGAGAAUGUAACUCUGUAUAAUGAUUGUGUUCAUUGGUGCUUGCCAGGACCCAUUGACACAUGGAGUGAUUUCUUCCUACAAAUGUUGAAAAUGGAGGGAAUGAGAUCUGCCAUCAGCUAA